UUCUGACUGACUUAACAAGACGAUGGCUCAAAUUCCCGGCGGCGGCGAUGCAAACAAGAAACCGCAAGAAGAGCCAGUUCUCUACGCCUCCAUCGGAUUCCCUCCUUCCGAAAGCCCGAGUUGGUACACUCUCCACCGAGACAACGUUUCUUUAACCUUGCGCAGGAUCCAAGAACCAUUACCUUCGAGGCUCCUGAGCGCCGUCGCCACGAUCGGAACAGAGAUGUACGUACUCGGUGGAAGCGUCGGAGGAAACGCCACGUCGGACGUGACUCUCAUAGACUGCAGAUUCCGGACGUCUCAGCCCCUCCCGAGCAUGAGAAGGGCUCGCAGCCGCGCGGUGGCCGGAGCAAUCGGCGGGAAGAUAUACGUCAUCGGAGGCUGCAGGAAGAAGUCUGACGACUGGGUCGAAGUCUUUGACGUCAAGGCUCGGAGUUGGCGUGUUGUCCCUGGCGUCUUGCCUCACGCUCAUUGGGAAGGACAGUUCGUGACAUGCGCCGUGAUGGACGACAAGAUCUUCGUUCUGGAUCCGACUACUUGUUUGGUUUUCGAUCCCAUUGUGGGCGCUUUGGUUGAAUGGGACGACGGAGUUGAGAUGAGGAGUUUGUGGCAAGCGUCGUCUUGUGUGGUCGAUGAUAUGUUGUAUACCGUUGAUCCUGGGUGUUCUCUUAAGCAUCCGAUAGUUGUGUAUGAUCCUAAGGCAAAGGAGAGGAGGUGGAGGCCAGUGUGUGGUGUAGAUUUGAGGAGAGAUUUGCCUCCUUUUGAUUCUUGGUAUGACUCCAAAAUGGCGAAUCUUGGUGGGAAGUUGGUGAUUCUGGUCGGUAGUAACCCCUGGCCUUGUUUUCAUCACGGGACCGAGGAGAUUUGGUGCGUAGAGAUCGCUUUGGAAAGACAGGGAGAUGAUAUUUGGGGGCAUGUCGAGUCAACCACGCUGGUGCUUACAUCCCGGAAGUGGCCUUCCAUUGAGCUUUCUCGAACUGUUACUCUUUGAUGAUGCUUGAGAUGUGGUUUCUUGCAGGUGAAGGAUCUUAGCUUGUUGAUAUGAUGAGAGAAAAAUAUAUAUGAAGCAAAGUGUCUGUCAUCCGACACCUCAAAGAGUAACUCGUCCUUCUUAACCUUUGUGGCAUUAGUGUGGAUACUCUUUACAGAUUUAGCCUUGAGUAGAUUUCUUUUUA